CUGAGAGGAGGUCUUGACUUGGGCUCACAGGGCGCCUGGGAUCCCGGGGACUGGACAGCUAAGGCAAACUCUAGAGCAGGGUGUCUGGAAGCGGUGCUGGAUCCAAGGCCCAGGGACCGCUCAGCCUCCUAAAAGGGGGUCAGACAGGAGCAGUUCGGCAGACAUCUGGGAAGGGCCCAGCUCCGAGGGCCAUGAAGAGCUUUCCCCUGGUUCCUCCCAUUCUCCUGGCCUUCCUCCUGAGCGUCCACACGUCUGUCCUACGAGACAGUGACACGGAAAAGUCAUGCUGUUUCCAGUACAGCCAUAAGAUGAUCCCCUGGAACUGGGUGCAAGCCUACCAGUUCACCCAGAUCAGCUGCCCCCAGCAGGGCGUGAUAUUCACCACCAAAAUAGGUGAGAGAGUCUGCGUCCAACCGAAGGAAAAAUGGGUGCAGAGAUACAUUUCUCUGUUGGAAGCUCGGAAAUAAUCGUGACUCUGCUGAGUUUCCGUCCAGGGAUGCCUGGACCCUGCUCUUGGCCCUGUUCCCCUUGGGGGAGCUGGGGCAAUCUCUGCAGAGGGCCUCCUGGCAGGGAGGGAAGCAUGAUUUCCACCAGAGUUUUUCUUCUUUUUUUUUUUAAAUAAAGGUUUUUCAUGAACACUUGA